CCGGGCCUGGGCGCCGCGGCCGCCCCCGCCCCCGCCGCGACCCCCGACACCCUUCAUGCGCUUCCCCUGCCCCGGGCGCGCCGGGCCUGGAACAGGACUGCCACUGUUGAGUCUGUGGGAAUAUGAAUCAGCAGCAGCAGAGAAUGGCUGCAGUUGGGACAGACAAAGAGCUCAGUGACCUGCUGGACUUCAGUAUGAUGUUUCCCUUGCCAGUGGCUAAUGGAAAAAACAGACCCACGACCCUUGCGAGCACUCAGUUUGGAGGAUCAGGCUUGGAUGAAAGAUCGGGAUCAGGUUCCUGGGGAACGGCAGAUCAAAACAGCUCCACGUUUGACCAAGGAAGGCAGAGCUAUGGAGAAGGGCCCCACUACGGUGAGCACCGGGACCUGCCAUCCCACAACAGCAUCUCCUCGCCGCCGUUCCUGGGAGCUGGACUCGUGGGGAAGAGCAGUGAAAGAGCCUCAUACUCCACGUUUGGAAGAGACACAGGGAUGCCAGGACUAAACCAGCCCGGUUUCCUGCCCAGCGAGAUGGGAAUCGCCAGCCCGAGCACGCUUUCCCCCACCGGGGCCAAAGGGGCGUCUCAGUAUUUUUCUUACCCCAACAAUCCUCGCAGGAGAGGUGCUGAGAGCAGCAUAGAUGGACAGCCCAAAAAGGUUCGGAAGGUGCCUCCUGGACUCCCCUCCUCGGUGUAUCCAUCCAACUCAGGUGAUGACUACAGCAGGGAUCCAGCUGGAUAUACUCCCUCGAAACCUCCCAGCACUGUAUAUCCUGGAGCCUUUUAUAUGACAGAUGGACUCCAUAACUCUCCAGACCUGUGGAGUUCCCCGGGUGCCAUGAGCCAGUCGAGUUACGGAGCCAUGCUGGGCAGCUCCUCGUCCCCACUCCCACAGUCCAGUGGCUUCAACAGUUUACAUCAGCACGAACGCAUGAACUACCAGCUGCAUUCAGGAGAGGUGAACGGUGGCCUCCCCUCCGUGUCCGGCUUCUCCUCGGCCUCCACGGCGUACGGAGUGUCCAGUCACACCCCCCCGAUCAGCGGCACGGACAACAUGAUGGGUAACAGAGGAACCACAGCCGGCAGCUCCGGAGACGCGCUUGGGAAGGCUCUGGCCUCGAUUUACUCCCCCGACCACUCUAGCAAUAACUUCUCCUCCAACCCCUCCACCCCGGUCGGGUCCCCGCAGGGCCUCGCAGGCUCGUCGCAGUGGCCGCGGGCGGGCGGAGCGGGUGCCUUAUCUCCCAGCUACGAAGGGAGCCUCCACACUUUGCAAAACAAAAUGGAAGACAGGUUGGAUGAAGCCAUCCAUGUGCUGAGGAACCACGCCGUGGGCCAGACCUCUGCCAUGCCCAGCAACCACGGGGACAUGCACGGGCUGCUGGGCUCAGCACCACCACACAGUGCCGCCGUGGGCAGCCUGGGCCAGGCCUUCCCCGCCUCGGUCAUGGCCCUGGGGAGCAGGCACCCGAGUCUGGUGGGAGGAGGCCACCCCGAAGAUGGGCUGUCCAGCAACUCCAGCUUGCUCCACAACCACGUCACACUUCCAUCCCAGCCCAGCUCACUCCCGGACCUCAGCAGGCAGCAGGACACAUACAGUGGCUUGUCCGGGGGGCUGGGGCGGAGCAGCGUCUCCUCAGGAACGAGCGAAAUAAAGAGGGAAGAGAAGGAGGAUGAAGAGAACACGUCAGUGGCAGAUAACUCAGAAGAGGAGAAGAAGGAGCUGAAACCCUCCCGGAACAGAACAAGGUGCUCUUUGAACAGUCAAGAUGAGGAUGAGGAGGACGAUCUUCUUCCCCCAGAGCAAAAAGCCGAGAGAGAGAGAGAAAGGAGGGUCGCCAAUAAUGCCCGUGAGCGCCUGCGGGUUCGUGACAUCAACGAGGCCUUUAAAGAGCUCGGACGCAUGUGCCAACUGCACCUAAACAGCGAAAAACCGCAGACCAAACUGCUAAUCCUACACCAGGCCGUAUCAGUCAUACUGAACCUGGAGCAACAAGUUAGAGAGCGCAAUCUGAACCCAAAAGCGGCCUGCUUGAAGCGUCGGGAAGAGGAGAAAGUGUCCGGAGUGGUAGGAGACCCCCAGAUGACACUGUCAGCUUCACAUCCUGGUCUAGGAGACGGUCACAACCCUGUCGGACACAUGUAAAGAUCUUUUUGUUCCUCUGGAUACGGAGAUCUGUAGGAAGAAAACCCUCAGUGUGACCUGCAACCCUGUUGAACCAUAAACUGUAGUACUGCUCAUACUGACACACGCAGACGGAUCCUGGCGUGACGUAAGGGGUGGAAAAAACACUUUGUCAGAAACAAAAUGGAAACAAAAAUUGCCUUAAGUAUAAAGUGCAGAACAGUCAAUACAUAUCACUCAGUUAGGAGGGGGUGGCGUGUUCUCUUGGCUUGUUCACAAGCAGCCAGCAGCAAAAUUGUGCCUAAGCUUGAUAUUUCUUUUUUUAAAAAAAAAGAACAUUAGUUAUGAGAUUUUUUUAUGUAGAACAAAUAGCGAUGCCUUUUGGUUUUUUUAGCUUCUUUUGCAUAUGUUUUGUAAGCAACGAAAAAAAUUUUUUUUUUUGUAUAAAAACAUGUCUUGUACCCUCCGCUUUUCUGCUGCUGUUUCUAUAGUUAACGUUGCAUCUUUAGGAUCAACCAGAAUAUUAAAAUUGUAUUAAGAGAGACUGGAUAUAAAGAGAGGAAUUCUCAGAUUCGGCUCAGAAAGCCACUAAAAGCGAAUGUAGCCACAGUGAGGGAAUGUUCUUCCUCGCCUGGCUUGUACCUUCCAUGACAAAAAACAAACUCAUGUGCUGACUUCACCAUCUCCUUGCUUCGGCCACUUCUGAUGUGGGAGAAGGAAGCUGAGCAGCGAAGCGAGUGGCAGCGGUGCUCCCGCUCCCCCCGGCGGUGGCCGCGCUGCUCGGCGAGCUUUGCUUUGUUCCCGGAGGCCCACGGCUGAUCCCGAGCAUCGGGAGCGCUGGGAGAGAGCAGGGUGGAGGAAAUCCAAGGGACUGAGGUGCUUCCAGGUGAGCAGAGCAGCAAGGGAUGCACGAGGGAAGCGCCUCUUCCCACAUGCCGGAGCUGCCGGAGGCGGCUCCAGGAGCAGCACUGAACAAAGACCAACUGAACAAAGCUGGAGCGCUGGGAAGAGGCGGAGGCAGCCGGGGCACGGCGGCAGCGGUGGGAUGCAGGGCCAGGAAGCUGGGCAGCUGCAGACCUGAGGAUGCUGGAGGCAGGAAAGGAGCAGCGACCUGGCUCGCUCAUGGCAAAGCCACGACCAGCAGCAGGAUCCCUUCUUGCAGCGGAGAAAUUUUGCAUCGGAAACGCAAAAUGCUGGCUCGGGGAGAGGGGUGGCUUCGCACGCCGCUGUCACCUGCUGUCACAUCUCCUGGGCGUCCUUGGAGGCAAACUGAGCUCAGCGCUGUGCCGUGGGAUGUGAGUGGGCACCGUCACCCGCACGUGGGCUCCUCUCCGGGCACUGGGAAGGAGGGCAGCAGGAGCGCUCCAGCAGCCAGGCUGGGCCAGCCAUCCCUUCACUCCAAGGGGUUCCCAGUCACUCCAGACCACUCUGGUGUGCUCAGCAGGAGGAGGAUCCCUGGCAGCCCCUCUGGGAGCUGUGGAGCAAACAAAGAGGUGCUGGGCAGUGCUGAGCUGCAGCAGCCGGUCUGGAAAUGGCCACGGAAAAACAUCCACCAGGAAUUCACUCUUGUUUUUUCCCUCUCCUUCCCCUUCUGAAACAUUUUGUGCCUGGUUCUUCCCAGCUCUGCAGAGCCCAGUCAGGCAGGAUGGUGCACGGGACAUGGGUGCUGGUCUGGGGGGAUGUGGGGAACUCCCCCAGCCCCUGCAGGCUCCAUCUCCCCUGGGCUGCUCCAGCCUGGGCUCCUGGGGAAGCUGUGUUGCUUUGGCACAGGGAAAGGGAGGAACUGGCAAACAGGAUUAGGUCCUGUGGCACUUCCCAGCAACCCCAGGCUUUGGCAUAACCUGGUGCUCCUCCGUGCUCACGGCUGUGCUUUGUGCUGCAGCAAACCCUGCUGGAAGUGCCCAGGGCAGUGCUUAUUUCCCACCCACACCUGGGCACUGUGGCCUCAGCCCUGUGGCAGCUCCAAGCUGAGCCACUCCAAGUGCCAGGGCAGGGUGGGACUGUCCCUGCUGCCCCUGCCCUGGGGCUCCCCGACAUCCAACCAUCACUCUGAAGCUUUUGGAUGCUCCUGGCUCUCCCCAGCUUGCUGCUCCCAUUGUUCCUUCUGCAUGGUGAGACCUCAGCAGCCCCAGCUCUGUCCCUGGGAAGGCCAGGAAAGCUCAGUGGUUCCAGUAACCCAGAUUCUUCUUGCCUGUGUCAACAGACACAUUUUAGCCUAAUCAGCUCAUCAGGUUCCGACACUUCCCUCCCUUGGGUUCUUCUGGCUGCUGAAGCAGUGGGCAAGGAGCUGGAUGAGGUUUUCCUCCACGGGUGACAGCCUUGACUCCCAUUCAUGCUCUGGAGUGCAAGUUGGAGGGCUCAGCUGCUGCUUUUUGUUUCACCCAUGAGAGUUCCUGCUCCUUGGUGAGACAGUGCUGGGGCUGCUCAGGGCUUUGGGCCCUGUCCCAGGGCCAGGAGGGAUGGAGCAGUGUCCCAGCCCUGGAAAGCUUGAAACUCUGCAAAAAUAUUUAAAAGUUCACAAACCCUUUGAUUUUGCCCCAAGAGUUGGAGGUGGCAGUCACGGACAACCGGACUUAAAGGGACUAGUCAAGAAAAAACAUAAAUUCAACAAAAUUGGAAAUCUGAGAAGAUUUAUGAGUUGUUCACCAGUUUGCUGAACUUCUUCAUCCCCUCCAAGUCCUGCAGACCAGGGAGGAAUCCUGAUGAGCCAGAGCCUUUCUCACCAUCCCUGAAUCCCCAGGCCUUGCAACAGAAAUGGGGCUUUUCAGCUGCAUUUAGGUGGUUUAAGAUGUUACUUCGACAGCAAAUCCAACCAACUUCCUUCCAUGGCAAGGCUUGGGUGAAGAUCCUUGAGCAUAAGCCCUCAGAGCCAAGGUUUGGAGAGAUCAUCUCAAAAGCACAAUGUAGGGGGUGGCAGCGCUGUCUCUGGAGUUGCCUCGAUGGCACAGGGUGACAGCUUUGUGUCCCAGCCCAGUUUGGCCUCAGUGACAUCUCUGCUUUCCAAGUGCUGAGGGAACAAUUGAGAAGUGCAACAAGGAAUAAUUCCCUUGUCUUGCCAGUGUGUUUGGCUUAUUGUGAACAUGGUGCCUCCAACCUGCCAGGGGAAGUGGCUUUUCUAAAAACAGCCACUGCCAGGUGCUGUCCCCAAAAUACCACCAGCCCAGCCCUGAAAUGUCACCCUGUAGCGAUGAAACUCUUGUCUUUAAGUGCUGUGGUCAGUGAAGGCCAGGUUUGCACCCUCCCCAGCCCACAGCUCUGCUCCAUCCCACUUGGGAUCUUACAGAUCCCUGACCUGCUCCUCUGCCUGUCUGCGUGUCCCCACAGCAGGGGUGUUGCCAGGAGAGGUGUCACGGGUGGGUGACGUGCUGUACGGUGCCAUUUAUUCCAUUUUCUCCUUCCUCUCUCAGCCUUUGCUUGCGUGGCUGCCCCUGGGGACAUGUGCCCUCCUCUUUGGGGUCACUGAGCCCCCCCAAAGCUUCCUUCGUCAGACAGGGGGGCUGCCUUCCCUUCUGGGCAGCUUCUAGUUCCUCUUUCCCCAAGCUGCAGAACUGGGACACUGCCAUGGGACAUUUCUUGUGUCCCCAGCCCAGGGGGCUCCCCUUGCCCCGCUCAGCCAGCCCCCUGCCUCCCUGCACACAAGCUGUGUGUGCCAGAGUACUGGAGAGUGUCUGGAAUCCGGUCUGUGAACAGUGUAAUUGCGGAUUUUUGUUUUAUCUCUUUUCACCUGCUUCUUCCCCAGAGCAAAGCAGCUGCAGCCACUUGUGUGUUGGUGCUCAGGCAGUGGUGGCAGUCUGGCUGCUCCUGCUCACAGCCCAGGGAGCAGAAUUCGAGUGUUUGGCAGUGACCCAUGCCCGUGACCCCCAUCAGAUCUACUCACAGCCCCAGCCAGCAUCUCUCGGGGCUCUCUGCUCCCCUGCUUUCACAGCUAUCCCACAGAGGUGUGUUGGCAGGAAGGAUGGAAUCGAGCUGUGCUUUCCUCGGGAGGCUGUAAUUCCAGAGUGCUCUCCAAGGUCCUUUGUGUCCCCACUGAAGCCAGCAGAGCCUUUGGGCCCUUGCUGGGUGGUUCCAGUUGCGGGGGCUUGAGAAACAGGAGGCUUUGGAACCCCCAAUCCCCUGCACCCCUUGAGCUUUGCUGCCAACUUUGGGACCAGUAGAACCCGAGUUCCUCUUGCAGGCCCUGCUGUGCUGUAGUGGGGAGCCUGGGCCAGCUCUAGUUCCAUCCCUGGCUUUGGGAGGUGAAGCAAAGCUGGGGAUGGAGCUGGGCCAGAACAAACCUUCAGCCCCUGCCUGCAGUGCUGGCUAACCCAGAGCCAGCCCUGGCCCCUGGGCUCCCCCAUUCCUGCCCGACACCAGCAGCAGCAAGGCCUGUUUUCUGUACCCCGAGCUUGCACAAAGUCUUUGCCCUGUUAAAAAUCCUAUGCAAAUCUUAUCCCUCUUCCCCCUCUCGGGGCUCUGCAGAUCCCAGCCCAGUUCUCUCUGCUCUUGUCCCUGAUUGCUCCUGAGUUUCUGCUCCCUGCUGCCCUCAGGGUCCGGCUUCAUUCCUGGCAGCUCUAAAAGCAUUUUGAGACCUGUGCCCUGGAGCUGGGAGAGGACAGAUGAGAUUGUAGGAACACCCCACUCAUACUGAGCACUGAAUUGGAGGGGGCAAAGCCUGGUCCUGGUCCACGCACCCUUCACCCUCCUGUGCCUUCUGCUCAAAGCUGGUGGGGCACUGCCAGCAUCCUUCAUCCCCCCAGCCCCCUGAAAGGAGAAGCUCUGUUACACCGUGUUGCUUCCCAGACUGCCCUGUUCUAGCACCUGAGCAUCGGGCUUGGCUGGGGCUGCUCCUCCUUCAGCUGUCCCAAGCCUGAACGGGUGUUUCCCUUCCUCCCAUGCUCCCCAGUCUCUCCAGCCAGCAUCUCAAAGCUGUUUCCCUGUGCAGAGGGGCAGCCCCUGCCAGCAGCUGCCCAUCGGCUGGGGUGCCGGCAGGAGAGCUGGGAGCUGGGUGCUGCCGAUGUCCCACAGCACAGCUGCCUCUCCCUGCCCUUGGGGCAGGUGUCAGAGGCCCUGGUGCUCUGUACUUUGAUUUCCAGGACAAUUCAGCCCUUUUGGGGAGCCAGCACUGCUGUGCCUUGGCCUGCAGGACUCCCACGGGGAGGUGAGCUCUCCUUAGGAGGGUGGUGCAGGCUCCACGCGACCUUCUGCCAAACCUUGUGUGUCCAUCUGCAGCCCAGCUGAGGGCCAAGGGCAGUCCUGUCGUGGCUCUCCACACUGGUAUCUCUGUUCCCCUGGUUUUGUACCCCUCCUGCUCCUCAGGGCUCUCCACUCCCACCUGGCCCAGCCAAGCCCCUCCGUGGUGGAGGGCGAGGCUGUAGCACUCAGCCCGGGACGCCUCAGCUCAGCGUGGCUGCAGAGGGGUUUCUGCUUCCCAAGGGGGGGUGCUGGCACCAAGGCCUUUUGCCAAAGAGCAUCCCCGUGCCCUACACCCCUGGGCUGUGCCCGGGGGAGCCGUGGAGCUCCUGGAGGCAGCGAGCUGGGGACGCCAUGAAUCCCCUUUCCCGGGACCACGUCUUCCCAAAUCACUGGGACCCGGCGGGUGACACAUGGAGGCACUCGGGAGGGAAGGAGCCGCGGGGAGCCGCGCACCAGGCACCGCUCCCUUGCCGGGAGAGGGGAAAGAGGCACUGGUGAGGCAGGACAGGGAGGAUCCCAACCCCGCGCGUGGGAAUGACCCGUUGGGUGUGGAGGGCUCCAGCUCUCUGGGGAAACAAAGCAUUCCUGGGAUGUUCUUUCUCUAUAUUUUUGUAGGAAUGGGGGGGUGGGAGAGCAGACGGGAGAUGCCUGCGGAAGUUGUUUAUUUUUAACCCUGUAGAAAGUUUCGGGUUGUUUUUUGGUUUUUGGCCUUUAAAAUAAAAAAUUGUCCUUGCUUUUGAUGUUUAUGCUGCCUACCUGUAAAUCCAGAUGUACUUAAGUGGCUGAAAUCCUUGUUCUUAAAUCAGAUACACAUUAUAGUUUUGAACUAUAUAUAUAGUAAAUAUAUAUAUAUAUAUGCCUAACCCAGCAAAAAAAAAAAAAAAUAAAAUAAAGUAUUUGGGGGUGGGAAAUGCAUUGCUCUUUGAAAUGAAUCACAAUUGGGGGAUGAAAUUGUGUUUCUGAGUGCCUCAAGAUAUGAAUUGUUUUCAUUUUUUUAAAUAAUUUUAUACAAGUGUCAAAACAGCUGGCUGGAUUAUUUGGAAUUUUUAAAUAAUCCUAACUUUUUUAAAGUAGAUUUUGAGAACUGUCCUGUAUAUAACAGUAAUGUAGCAAUAAAUGUGACAUUUUAUAACAA